AUCGGGAUUAUCUAAAUCUGUGUUUGUAUUAAAAUGUGUCAAUGAUCUCGGUACGGUACACUUCAUUUGGAAUUUACUAUUUUUACACGUUUGAUAUGUCCCCGUAAGAUUGAUCACACUUUAAAGUUCACAAAAGUUUUAUCACAAAAUAUUUUUUUAUUGAAAUGAACAACUCUGCAUACAAUGCCGGUAAAAUAUAGGGCUGCAAAUCUAACAAAAGCAAUCAAUCAAAUAUAUUAACAAAUCAGACUGAAAUAUUUGAGUUUUUUGUCAUGUCCGUUACGUUUGAUGUCACUUCCGUUUUUUGCAACACAAUCACAACACAACAACUGCCGUGUAAUCGUCGCUAACAUGGCGGAUCUCUAUGCAGGGCUAGAGUCUCCCUUGGACAACACAAACAAUGUGUUGAGGCGCUGUAGGGGCCGACCCCGGCUCACCGACACCGACCGGGCCCAGCGACGCCUGGAGUCGCGGAAGAAGUACGACGUGCGGCGGGUUUACCUGGGGGAGUCCCACCGGCGCUGGACGGACCUCCGCAGCCGGACGAGUCUGAGCGAUGCCGGCCUGGCGGAGUACCUGAUGCUGCUGGACUCGACCUACGGGGAGAAGUACCUGCAGAACCGCCAUGGGGAGAAGAUUGCCCCCGAAAUUCCUGGGAAGCACAAAAAAGGGAUUAUGGAAGAGGACUCCAGCCUCAAGAGCCUGGUGUCCUGGUACCAAGACCACAGCAACAGCUGCCCCUACGAGCCCCAACUUCGAGGCCUGGAGCCACAGCCCGGCUUCGCCACCGCCGCGGCCUGGCGCUGCCCGGCCGAACACUCCUUCGUGCAGUACCUGCUGCCGCCACCGGGGGACACCAGCGAGUCAGAGCCUGAAGGAGAGGUGGAGGGAAACGGCGAGGGAACAACCAGUAGAAGCCUAGCACUGGUUAAUGGCCCGGUGACCAGGCAGAGAAGGGACUGGGUCAAACGGGCUCAGGAGCGGGAGGAAGACGCGGCUGACCAACCAGACGUCUGCGGGGACCACGGGGCCUCCGCCCGGUCCCCCCCUGCGGCUCCGGAGAACUUUGUCGGGGCGGAGGACCAGGGGAGCCAGAGGAGCGCCGUGGUCCAUGUAGCGGGGCGGGGCCUGCAAGACAGGGAGCCGGAGGAGGACCGGAGGAGAGAGGAUCACUCGGGAGAAGGCGAAGGAGAGGGGGAAGGCGCUGGGGGUGGUGGGGGAAGAGAGGUGAAGUUUUCGGAGGAGCUGGAGAUAACGGCCGGCGGUUACACGUGUGUCGUCAUGGCAACUGCCCUGACGGACAAGCUGGUGAAGGCGGAGGCGGAGCCUGCUCUGUCCCACCAAGGGGCGGGGCCAUUGGCGGAGUCUGGCCAGGGGGUGGAGCUCGGGGCGGAGUCAGAGCACGCCGAGCUGUUCGGUUCUCAGGGGCUCCAGACCAUGAUUGACAGCUGCCAGAUCCAGGGUCAGAGGUCAUCACUGGAAGGCCCCCAGCUGAUCAUCAUCACGGGGCCAGGCUAUGGGUCUCUGGCCCCUGAGGGCCUCCAGCUCAGCGUGGCUCCCGGGGCCGUGGAGGAGGUCACCUGCACCGUCAUCCAGGGCGUGGCCUUCGACCAGGUGUGCCCCUCCGACGCGGAGCUGAGGGCGGCCGAGGAGGACGAAGAGUCCAUCUCAGGUCUGAGUGAUAAACACAUCCUGGAACCCACCGAGCAACACCUGGAGUCCAGCUGUGAGCGGGAGCGGUCCCGCGGCCUCUGCAGCAGGUCCAGGAGAAGCCGUCGCGGCCCGGUCAUCGAGGCGGACGGCAUGCUGAAGAUGUUCCACUGCCCGUACGCCGGCUGCAGCCAGGUGUACGUCGCCAUCAGCAGCUACCAGAACCACGUGAACCUGGUGCACCGGAAGGGCAGGACCAAGGUUUGCCCCCACCCGGGCUGCGGGAAAAAGUUCUACCUGUCCAACCACCUGCACCGUCACAUGAUCAUCCACUCAGGGGUUCGGGACUUCAUCUGUGAGACGUGCGGGAAGUCGUUCAAACGCAAGAAUCACCUGGAGGUCCACCGGCGUACGCACACCGGGGAGACGCCGCUGCAGUGUGAGGUCUGUGGCUACCAGUGUCGGCAGCGAGCGUCGCUCAACUGGCACAUGAAGAAACACCGCACGGAGGAGCAGUACCGCUUCACCUGCCAACACUGCGGCAAGCGCUUCGAGAAGCUCCAUAGCGUCAAGUUCCACAGGCUGAAGAGCCACCCCGACCAGCAGGCGUCUGCCCCCUAAAUGCCAUAAGGCGGUGAUGGGAAAUGUAGUCUUGUAGUCCUCGGAUCAACAUCUCUCCCCAGACCAUCCAUGAUGCAGACAAAGCGCCAUCGGGUGGACUGGGUGAUGGGGAUAGUCGUGUCUCCUGGUCCUCGUAGAAACAUCGCUCGUAGAACCAUGGUACAAAACAGAGGGGGAACACCAGAGCACCAGAAGCUCUGGGAGAUGGUGAUGGGGAAAGUCCUCAAAGUAACUCCGCUCAGAGGGCCGAGGUACCACCAUGUUGGGAUUUGGAGUGUGUCUCAGAGGGCCAUCCAUGAUGCCACCCAAACACAGCAUGCGAUGAAGAACAAUGCUGGGAAAUUUAGUUUUACAGGUGAAUGACUAACACUGACCUACAAAGGACAAUCUAUGGUCUGACAGGCCUCCAAAGGUGGGCCCACUGGUCUUCGCUGUGACUGCUAUCCAGAAUGCCUUCUGUGUUGUAGCUCGGCAGUUAAACCGGUUCACUUGAAACAUGGAGGUGUCUGGUUCCAAUCCAACGUGCGUCAGGUCGUCAGAUGGUUAAACCCAGUCCCAGACAUGUGGGUGGUUAGUCUGUGAUCACGGUCUGGGCAACGCGGUUAGCAGAUCAACAAGCGUCUAACUCCUGCUCAACAGACACAACGAAGUCUCCUUUUGAUACGUUAGUUGUUUGGUACUCUUCUGUGUAUUCAUGUGUCUUUUGGGCGGUGUGUGUUAUCAGAGGAUGUUGUAUGGUCGGAUCUGGUUCACGGUUACCGUGACGUGAUGCUCCCGUCUCUCCCGACUAGGGUUGAGCGCAGCGCUGCGUUCCGAAUGUUGUGUAAUCAAAUACACCGGUAUGGCGGUCUAUAAAAAAAUCAUAUCCUAACGAAAAUACACACCGUUAUUCAGUGUGAACCGGUAUAGCGCCCAGCACUAACACAAGUUGACGCCGCAACACCAUGGGGGCGGGGCAGGGGGCGUUAAAAAACGCCAGGCACCGUUAUGAGGAACCGAAAGAUAUUUAUCAUUCACAGCACACACAGCAGACUCUUCGGGUAAGUCGAGUAAUUUAAUGCCAACCGUAAAUCUUGCAUAUCAAGUAGGCUAGCAAACACCGUUGCCAUUCAACUCGGUGUCCGCUGACUUUCUGCUUAAUGUGAAACUCAUAACAAGUCGUGCAUGUAUGCAAGUGUGUGCGGUUUCGUUUUAUUAAGUACCGGUUCGAGAACCGUUUUAGCACCGGAACCGUUUGAAAGGUACCGAGUAGGCACCGGUAUCGGAUAAAACCCAAACGAUACCCAACCCUACUCCCUCUCCAUUCUACCCAAUGAUUCAUCCUCUGUUUCUUUCUUUUGUUUUAUUUCUAAAGCGAUGCACUUUGUCCUUCCCCUGUUUGCUCAUGUAAUUUAUGGGAAUAAGACGGAAGUUAUUAUUGUACAGUAUUUAUGAAGCUUGUUUAAGAUAAAGAGGCUAGUAAGAGUGUGUUACAAGUCCUUGUUUACAAUUGGGCUCUUUUGGAUUGGCUUGAGAGGUAAGGGUUAACCCAACCCCUAACCCUCUCCUUCAAACACCCUCGGUCUAUACUUUACUGUUCAGUAGAUUAUUUUAAUCCACAGCGUUGGGUAGAACCCCUACCGGCUAUGUCAUGAAAAGACUCUGAAUCCAGUCACAAAGUAGCAAGUUUGAUAACCAAAUAGGAAAGGUUUCUGCCACAGAAUGAAAGGAAUGGUUGGCUUUAAGGUAUUUGACGUCUGUUACAUUUGUGACUAUGUUGCCGACAGGUCCACGGUUUAUGUAUUUUAAAGUGUAUCUAGUGCAGUGUUCACCCUCUUCAGGCCUGGUAGGCCUGCCAUCAGGCCAACAUUUCAAACAAAACCAAUAAGGCUUCGUUACCCUCACACGAUAAGAUCACACCAAAAACGACGGCGUUGCGCGAAUACAUAAACGGUCAAUAAAAGGCUACGUUUGGAAAAAAAUAUUGAAUACAAUUUAAAUGUCAAAAAUCGUAAGUAAUGUGAUUAUAGAGGAACAUUGACAACUGAACCGUGUUCAUGAUGUGAAAUGUUUUGAUAAAUUCGUAUUUAUUUUUAUGCAAUAAAUGCACUUUAUUCAAGUCA